UGCCCGUGGGGGCUCCCCAGCCAGCGCCACAGAGCCCCCUUGACCUGGGUGGGGAGCAGCCCUCGUGCGCCCCACGGAGCAGCCCCAGCGCUGGGGAGAGGGGGACACGCGUGUGCGCAAUUCGCAGCUCCCCUCCCCAGUGCGAAUCCCGGGAGGAAGGCGAGAGAAAAGUGACCCUGUUCCCCCGGAGGAGGGAGAGAGCCAACUUCUAAGAACCUGCCCCUCCAGGGGCCCCUUCGCCAUGCCUGGUGCUUUGAGUGGCCACACCCACCCCUUGGCUUCCUUGAGCUCUGACCUCUUGGCCUCUGGAGGAUUUGAACCCCGGACCUCUGGUGCUAGGCACCUCUACCUUGAGCUAAAAGCCAGCUGCUCAUCACCCUGGCUGUAGAGGUCUCUGGUUCUUAACUAAGUGCCACUGUAUGAGACAGUGACCCACACUAGGUGUGUGGGUUACAUAAGCUGCUAGCCCUGCGGCUGAGGCCUCUGCUCUGUUCCGCCCUGCCUGGCAGGGUAGAUGCCAGAGGAUGGAGGAGGCCGGUCCUCUGCUGAAGAACCUGUCUGCUGGCUCGGGAAGGCAGGACGGGCUUUACCCCUCCGGGAUGGUGACCAUGCUGGCUAUCAUCCUCAUCGUCACCAUCGCAGUGGACAUCCUGGGCAACCUCCUGGUGAUCCUCUCCGUCUUCAGGAACAAGAACCUGAGAAAAGCAGGCAAUGCCUUUGUGGUGAGCUUGGCCGUUGCAGACUUGCUCGUGGCUUUUUACCCCUACCCCCUCGUCCUGAUGGCGAUUUUCCACGACGGCUGGGUGAUGGGGAACCUUCACUGCCAGGUCAGCGGCUUCCUGAUGGGCAUCAGCGUGAUCGGCUCCAUCUUCAACAUCACGGGCAUCGCCAUCAACCGCUACUGCUACAUCUGCCACAGCCUGAAGUACCACAAGCUGUUCUCGGGCACCAACACCGUGUGCUACGUGGGGCUGGUCUGGGCGCUCACCUUGCUGGCCAUCGUGCCCAACCUCUUUGUGGGGUCCCUGCAGUACGACCCGCGGGUGUACUCCUGCACUUUCGCCCAGUCCGUCAGCACCCUCUACACCAUCGCCGUGGUGGUGAUCCACUUCUUCCUGCCCAUCACCAUCGUCAGCUACUGCUACCUGAAGAUCUGGGUGCUGGUCCUCCAGGUGCGGCGGAGGGUCAAGCCGGACCUGCAGCCGAGAAUCAAGUCUCACGAUUUCUGGAACUUCCUGACCAUGUUCAUGGUCUUUGUGCUCUUUGCUGUGUGCUGGGCGCCGUUAAACUUCAUCGGCUUCGCCGUGGCGCUCGAGCCCACGCUGGGUUCUUCCAUACCCGAAUGGCUCUUCACCGCCAGCUACUUCAUGGCCUACUUCAACAGCUGUCUGAACGCUGUGGUGUAUGGGGCCAUGAACCGCAACUUCAGGAAAGAGUACAAGAGAAUCAUCCUGACUCUGUUGCAACUGGCUUACCGGAGUGAGGGUGACUAAAACCAGAGCACUGAGCCGGGAGGGACGAGGCGGUCAGAUUUGACAGCGUUUACACUCGGCCCCUGCUGCCCUUUUCGAAACAGUGACGCUCCGCGGAGGACACAGCUCCAUACAUAAGCUGUCUGUAACAAGAACACAGCUCACCUUGCAACCGGCUGUCCUCUUAGACUGGCAGGAGGUUCGCAAACAGCCCCUCCUCCCAUGGCGUGGCCUCCCCGGCGUCAGUCGGUAGCUGUGCUGAAAACACCCAGGGCCAUGUGAUUCACAGUGAAUCAUUUAUUCAGCGAACUGUCCACGAGCAUCUCCGAAAGUUCUCUAAUUUGCCUGUUAUUCACCAACUAAUUCUCUGUAUCUCCAAAAUGUUUGAAAGCAGCUGGCUGAGUGUUGGAUACCCAAAAUUCAGCCGGUUUUGUCUGGACCCAUGGAAUAGCUGCUGUUCUGUGAUUGGAUGACGUUUCCUGUGCGAACCCUCACCUCUGUCAUUUAGGAUCCGUCUUCCCUAAAUCGUCUCCAAUAGCCACUCUUUGUUAUAGCAGCAAACUUGUGUUGGCGACAAGGUUACCCCAGAAGGAAAGCAGAAGGGGGUGCUGACUUAGCCAAUGGGGAUUCAGUGUGUUUGUGGUGUGGCCGCGGGGUGGGGAGUCAGACGGGACUGUCAGCCAGUAGGGAGAACAGAAGGUUUAUUAGUUGACAGGGACAUGGCGUAGAACAGACUUGUCAGCACAAAAACCAGAAGCAAUCAGCACCGUCCAUCUUGGGAAGGGGAGGUUCAGAGCCAAGGGCCCCGAUUCACCAUCCUAAGCCAGCGAGACUCACUCACACACACCCAGCAACCCAGUUCCCUCUGUAGCCAGCCCCGCCUCUGGCCUUCAUCCAGCUUUCCAGAUAAAAGGUGUCACCUGGUUACACCUCCCUCCCAGGCUCAGGUUACACAAAGCAUCCACCUUUGUGUACAGGCAGGAGGCUGUCACACAGAAAUUCCCAUCCCCAUCUAGCUAUUGGUGGAGUGCCCUGAGAAACUGAGGCACACACAAUGGGAUUACUACACGACAGCAGAAAUCCUAUGUAACCCAACAAAGAGAACAGAGCGAAUCCAAUCCCUACUUCUUCACGAACGGUGGGGUUUUCCAGAAACUCUCGAAGGAGACAGAUGCCUCCAAAAGUCCCAGCUUCUGUGAAAAUACACAAAAAUGGUGGCAUGUUGUAAGUCCCACGAUUCCCUUGAAUGAGCUGAGGUGGCGAAAGGAAAACCUGUCACCAGACGCCUUAAAUCCACAUCCGAAGACGACAAUCAUCAGCCGGACGUGGCUGCUUCUCCACUGAAAAACCAUCGCAGCGGGAAGGCGAAACCACCAAAACGAGGCUGCAUCUCAGCGUCUGAAGAUAAAUCCACAAGGACAAGUCCUGUGCCAAUGCCAGCGGCUCAGAGAGAGUGCUACCCCAGAAAGACAUUGCACCUCGAGUGAGACCAAGCCUGCAGGCGCCUGACGAGCUAUUUAGAGCGCACGGGUGAAGAUUGUUCCCAUGCGGAGAGGAAACCAAUUUCUCUCGUUGGGUAUUUAAUUCAAGAGAUAAUUUGGCCUAGAGCAGCGGUUUGCAAACUAUGGGUCGUGACCCAGCACCGGGUCAUGGAAUGUCGGGCUGUGACGGCGCGUUGGGGGUCCCCCGUCUCCUGCACCCCGAAAUGGCACAAACAGACUGCA